ACACGAAUUCUCUUCCACACAGGGGAGAACAAUUCCGGAUUCAAACAUAGAAUAUGUCCAGUGUAGUACAAAAAGUUCAACAAAUAGAGGAAGAAAUAUAUAUUCCACCGUGGUUAGAGAUCAAGGGAGAUAAAACUAUCCCAAGAGGCACGAGGAAAAAAGCUAAAGAGAAAUAUGAAACUGAGAAGAAAAUUAAGUUAAGAUAUCCGCCAAUGGACAGAUUUGAUGUCGCCCGUCCGAGGAAACGAGCGACUUUGUAGCACUGUCAUGUAAAGGACUUGGAUACACUCCCACAGGUAUGCAGUUGGAGGACCUAUACUGUUGACGAUGACCAUAAUCCUGUCACCCCUUGCUUUUGUCGGCUAUGUCAUAUGGGUGGCACUAUGCUCCUUCUGUGUCCAGCAGCCCUUUAUUUAUGUGGAUUCUGAUGAACAUCAGUCGUCAGUUGUUACUCAGAAAUGUCCGACAAGUUUUACCAUUUGCUCAUCAAAUGUAAUUCUCAUUCCUGAGAUUCUUGUGCGAUACAACAAUAAUAGGAAUGUAUACUGGCGGGCACAGGAGAUACCUACAAGGUUCAUGCGCCAUCAGACUCCAUCCCUGAACGUAAUGAGAAAUUUAUGUAAACCUGUGAAAAGAGAAGAUAUUGUCCAGAGCUGGCUUCCAGAUAUUGAUGUGAUCAUGCUUCAGGAGGUAUUUGAAAGAUUGCGAGGGAGACAGCUUUAUAACAAGUUUUCAAAGAAGUAUCCUUAUUGCAUAUACAAUGCAGGGCAACACAGUCUGAAAACUAAUUUGUGUUUCUUGGGUAAGUAAAUGUAUUUUAGCAUGAAACAUUUUUA